UUCAAACGACUACAUAAACUUCACGCCACACUCGACCGACCAAAAAUCAAGACAAAAGUCAACAUGUCUCUCUUCCAUUCCGUCGCUGUGCUCCUCCCGGAGGAGGUGCAGGACUUAGUUUGGGACUUUCUCCUCCCGACGGAAAAGCUCUACUACCCGCCAAAGACCAUCAAGAAUUACGUGGACGAGCACAUGUACCAGAUGCCGCCGAACCAGGUGCAGCAGUUGCUGCACAAACAAAAGCACUUUCCCCACCGACUGCAGGAACACGAGCGGCAGUUUCUGCAGCAGCGCGCGAUGCAGCAAUUUCAGCAGGACGAGAUGGACAAGGCGUACGCAAAGGACCCGUGGAAUUUGUCCGGUGGCAGCAUGAUGGACUUCGAUAUCGGCUCCAUGAUGGACGCGCGCGACAUGCAAAAAUCGCUGCAGAAACUCCGCAGACAAGACUGGCGGUUUUUGGAGGAGGAAGGGAGUGGGAAGAAGAUCACGGCGAAUGAUCAUGCUGAAAACGACAAGAAGAAAACGCUCUCGUCGUCUAUUGUUCCGCCCUUUCCGCCGAGGAAAAAAUCGCUGGUGAAAAAGCAGUACCAGUACGAAUUGCACCGGGUGGUUUUCGUCUCCCAGAUGCAGAGGGCGGCGGGGCUGGACGCGGUCAGAAUCAAGUUGGACGGGGUGAAGGCGAGCAACUUGCUGCAGGCGAACGAGCUGGAGAUGGUGAUGGUAUCCAAAGGAAAAAUCCCCCCACCCCAUAUCGAAAUGGAAAUCUGUGAUGCGGGAUUUGUGUACACAAAUCGGCUUUGUAUUGCAGGAAGGUAUCGCGGCCAGAUCCCCAGGCUAUGCAGGGGCGUAUCGGUCUAGUUGUUCAGCAUGGCAAACGGCUCCGCUUUAGGCCCAACAGCAUGACAAAUCGCCUCCAUAAUGGGGGCGAAGCUUUUGCCCUUGUCUUCUUGCAAGACGCAUGACAUUUGUGACCUCAGCGUGUUGGGGGUGAGGGACCCCCAACGAGGCCUACGGAUAUCAGGUGGAAUUAAGGCUCAAAUCAGCAAUGCAAAUCUUCGGGAACUUUGCUUUUCAAUAUGGGGAGGGGGGAUUUUUCACUUUGAUAGAUGGAGGGCACAGGUUUGAAAGAACCUCCUCAACCUUUUCUGACUCCAAACGACAAGAAGAAGCUCCAGGAAAUCGCGAGAGACGUGAAAAAAAAUCUCAAAGAGAGCGAAAAGGAGAAAGAGCGGCAGGCCCGGGAGCAGAAAGAGGACUGGGCAGAGAUGCUGAUGCCCAAUGCGGCCUUUUCCGGUCGUGGUAGUCACGAAGAUGAUGUUGACAAUGCAGAUGAACAAGAAGACUACCGCCCGGACACCAAAUUCCCAGCGGACAUGCUGCUGGAGUCUCUUCUAUCCAUCCGGCCAUCCGGGUUCGGGGAAACGGACGACUUUUGCGCGGAACUCCUGCGGAGGGAAGGUUUUGCCUGCUCACCAGAGGCGGUGGCGUUUUUUGACUACACAAAAUAUGUACAGCCAGCGCGAGUAUUUGUUCACGAAGACCAAAAAACAGCACCGACUUGUAGCAGAAAUCGGAAUUUUUAUCCAAAGAAGCAGACCGAGGUAGAGAACGAGCCGAAGACUCUGGUGUUGAAAGCGCGGAUGCUUCUCGCUCAGAAAAUUUCCAAAAAGUGCAUGGAUGUCUUCUACCUGUGGCAGCAUCAGCGCAUGAAGGGCGGGGAUCCGGACGACGGCUACCGCGUGGCGUGCGAGUUUGCGUUAUCAAAUGCAAAUAUGUCUGGGUCUGGAAGAUUCCGAGAUUUGUGAUGCAGUUUAUCCAAGCUCCACCAAGUCUGCAAUGCAGGGUCUAGCAUCACAGGAUCUGCAGCCCCUUGGUGAUGCCUGUUCGACAUGACAAAUGCCAUCUCAGCAUGGCCAGAAAUGGGCACCUUUUGCAAGUCGCGCAACACAGAUUUUUGUACGAUCCGCAACAUGCAUCACAAGUUCGAAUCCUUCCAGACCCAGACAUAUUUGCAAUGCAUAUGCGUGGGAGUGCUACAACUCGUUCGGGGUGACGGAGAAGCUGGAACAGGGGUUCGAUGUGGUCGAGGUUGAGAAGAAUGCGACAGUGGAACAUCAAGGGAAUCAGGCCGCGUACCGGCUGGUUUUCGACGUACACAAAGGAGCUCAUCGUGCCAGUUCUCCUGGUGCCGACGUCGAAAACGCAGCAGAUGUGCCGGCGAAGCAGAAGGCUGCACUAUCAGAAACCGCGGUCAACACCACCAGUGCCGUGGCCAGUCCGUCGGAUCAUGUCAGUCCGGUUGAUGAGGCUGUACAGCCCGCGGGAGGUGGGAAUAAACGGGAAAGCGCGAAGACGGAACGAGAUGAAGAAACUCCUGAGAAGAAAAAGGAAUCUUCGUGCGGAAAAUCUAAAUCAGCGGCUCCAGAUUGUGUUGGUGUAACAAGUUUCAUUUAUCCGGUCGCGCACUGCGUCACUUGUGGUGCAGGCGGAACAGUUCCAGGGCGAGUUGUGAAGAACGAGACUUCUGCCGAAAUAAACCUCUCCAGCAACAGAACGACACACAACCUGAUUUCCCCUCUGAUGCACUUCACGUGCCCGCCGUGCGGGAAGAAGUACGCCGUUUGCGACCAGAUUUGUCAGAAGAAGUUUUGGAAGCUGCACAAGCAGAACCACGACAAAGUGCAGCAGUUGUACUGUAGCAGCUGCGGGAAAGAGAAAGAUGACCCAUCGGAAGAGUUGAAGAAGUUUUCCUGUCAGGACGAGGAUUUUUACGUGAAGGCCCCGCAGGGAUUGGGCCAAAAAUCCUUCACGUUCUACGCCUGCAACAAGAGCUGCCAGAAAAGUUUGUGGAAAAAGCACAAAGAGAGCGGGUACAAGGCUCUAGUCGGGUUUUCUGCAGGGAAAAAGAAAGACCAAACGAAGAUGAAUAACGGGCUUUUCGCACCGAACAGCAGAUCGGCAAGUACUUCUGAUGCUGUUUCCGAGCAAGAGCUGUUAUUUUCCAACGCGGGGCAAACGCGAGGCGAGAGGUUCGUUGCAAAAGAAGCAAAAAAAUACUGGUACAACCCCAAUUUCCCUUAUGGAGUCGACGAGUUUUCCGCUACUGCCAGCAUCCGAUCUCUGUGCGACCGGUUGAAGCAGCACCAGUUCAAUUGUUCCAACGAAGAAGUGAAGUAUCGGGUGGAAACACUCGGCCAGGACCCAAAACGCGCGGAGGCCGAGCAGCGGCUGAGUGGAUACAAGGAGAUAGAAGAGAAAAAGAACUUCUUUAUGAAAUUCGCCGAUUACAAAAUCAAAGUGUUGCAACAGCCGAAUUUCUGGACUUUCCAAGUGGAUAGGAAUCUGCGCUACGAGUGGCUAGUUGACUGCUACCGGAUGCGGAGCCGCGACGACUUGGAGUACAGCGUUCUGUGCGGGGAUUUCGAGAGCAAAGACCACUUGUGGAACGGGGUGUAUUUGCCGUAUUACUACAAGAGCUUCGCGGGCGAAUUUUUACAGGAUAAAAAUUUAUUCCCCGGAAAAACAAGCAAUAACAAAAAAUUUGCGGACGCCGACUUGGUCAAUCGCUACCCAGACCACGAGCUCCGACUGCAAACCGAUAGUGUUUUCAAAAUCCGGGUGAAUCAAGACAGACAGCUUUUAGUGAAGGAAUUUUUGAAGUUUACGAAGCUGGCGAAGGCAAACAACGCGCUGUUCGACGGGUUUUCGUUUAAGCACUACCUCGCCGCCGCGGAGAAGAUUUUGAUGUUUCCGUUCUGCGAGAAAGAAGCCAUCGAGAAAUACGGCGAAGAAAACAUGUUUCUCACCCACUGCGCGUCGUUGCGGAGAACCGCGACGUGGAUAUAUCAGUCUGCGGAGGUGCGGGAAAUGCCGGGGGAAAUGGGGCAGUUGGACGAGCAACUGGAGCGGGAGUGCGCGGCAAAACUCAACGCGGUGCGGUUUGAAAAAUCGGAUCGGGAAAUUUUCGAAGACGUUGGGGGGAAGGAGAUCUGGGUUAAGCUGUGGAAAAAACUGAAGAAAAGACAAAUGUGCGUGAUUGAGAUGGAAAGGUGAAGAUGAUUGAAUAUAUUGAUAAAAUAAAAGAGCCGUGUAAAGGAUCGAAUAAACGACCUGCAUGUUGAACUGUAGGUGCGAAGGCGGAGUUACGCUUCGACGCUUCCUUAUUCUGAUGUGAACUACGAUGGUUAUUUUGAACGAAGUAUAUUUCGAUGGGAUUUCCUGUAAUAUCGCACAACAAGAUCUUAUUUCGAUCGCCUGAACAAAGUACGAUGAAGUCAACCCAGAGUCAG